ACAUUCACCAAUUCCUGACGGUCAUCCGUGCUGAAGCUCAAGUCGUGUCAUGACAAAGAAAGGUCCGUGUCUCAUUUCAUGAAGAAGCGGGAGAAUGUUUUUGCACAAUUUGAUGCCAUUACCAGUUGUGAUCGUCGCUAGUAUUCUAGAUUGCGGAUCCUUGUGAGGAGCAACAGUGGGAAAAAGAUUGUAUUACUUCGUUUUGGCGAGUUUUCAUUUGUACUGACAAAGUUUCUGUUAUGUGUGCUAGUAGAAGGCAGAGUAUCUAGGUGAGGGAAUCAUGGGAGCGCUGGCAGGGCCUGAGUUUUUCACGGAGGGCGUAGUGCCGGAGCAGCGAGUAAUUGACCACGGCAUUCCGUUUCCGCAAGUGUUGCAACCUCACAUUCAGUCCGAUCUAGCGUCUCUUGUUGAUGCCAUUGUGAAGAAUAAGACUUGGUUGGAUAGCCAGCUUGAGCAGAGUGGAGCAAUUUUGUUCCGUGGGUUCGAUGUCUCCACAGCGGCGGAUUUCGACGCAGUUGUGAAGGCUUUUGAUUAUCCUGAAUUACCUUACGUUGGGGGCGCAGCGCCUCGGUCGAGUGUAGUCGGCCGUGUUUUCACUUCGAACGAGUCUCCACCAGACCAAAAGAUUCCGUUCCACCAUGAAAUGGCUCAGGUACCUGAGUAUCCUAGAAAAGUGUUUUUCUACUGUGAAAUUGAGCCAGCGGAAGGAGGAGAGACACCCAUACUGCCAAGCCACUUAGUGUAUCAAAGGAUGGAGAAAGAAUGGCCCGAGUUUGUGCAAAAGCUUCUUGAACAUGGACUGCUCUACACACGCAUACUUGGUGAAGGAGAUGACCCUUCAUCUCCAAUUGGUCGCGGCUGGCAAUCCACAUUCCUGACGAAGGACCGCACGGAAGCUGAGAAAAGGGCUGCGAGUCUCGGCAUGCGAUUAGAGUGGCUAGAAGAUGGAGUGAAAACCGUAUCAGGCCCAAUUCCUGCAGUCAAAACUGACGAAUUAAGGCAGCGUCGAGUAUGGUUCAACAGCAUGGUUGCAGCCUACACGGGGUGGGAGGACGCCCGGAAUGAUCCUCUGAAGGCAGUUAAAUUUGGUGAUGGUACACCUUUGCCAAAGGAAGCAGUCAUGGCGUGCCUGGACAUUCUGACAGAAGAGAGUGUGUCCAUUCCAUGGCGUCACGGUGACGUGCUUGUACUUGACAAUAUUGCAGUACAGCACGCUCGUAAGUCAUUCGCGCCACCUCGUCGUGUUUUAGCAUCUCUCGCCAAGUGAUUACUACCUGCAAAUCCCUCCCUGAACACCACCUUAUUUUAAAGAUAGAAAAGGAAAGAAACCAGUUGAAUCUUACGCAUUCAGAAUUUUGCAAGCCCAUCUUAGACGAGAUGAGGUCUGAGAUUGCUAGUUCGCUGGAUGCUAACCGCAUUUGUAAAUAAGCCAACCUUCCUGACGAACUGAUUUUUCUCCAUAGUAUACUAUUUAUAAACGAUCUUCCUAGACGUUGCAGAAAAGUUGCUCAAGUGAAAAUGCCAAUUAGCCAGGCUAGAGACUAGUUGUUACAUUCAGUUGCUACAUUCAGGUUAACGUUUGGAAUUUCCUAGUACUUAAUUAGAUAUCAGAAUUUGUAGAGAUGCCUUUGCAAACGCUGAAUACUUAUGCAUUGAAACAUUUCGUGCAUAUUUGAUCUUUGAAUGCGUCACUUCUUAUAGUGUGCAAGAUGAGCAUGUUCACAGUUUACUAAAGAAGUGAAGACAGGUUUGUGUACGAGGUGGGAGAGCCCGCAAACUCCAAGAAAGUAGAGUGGUCACAAUUUUCUCA